UCCAAAAUCUGGACCUGCAAGACCUUAUAAUUUCUUUGGUUACUAUGAGAUCAGUGAUAUGGAUCGAUUAUCUGAAAAAUUAUUAGAUGGGUCGAUGACUUCCAAUCAUACCUUUUUGGCUACAUUAUUAUAUGGAAAAACUUCUAAAGGCAAAUCUUUUGAUGAUUUAUCAGAGCAUAUCAGUGUUUACAUGUGUGGUCAUUUACAUAAACUCGCUUUGGGUCUUGGUGAUCACUUACAGAUAUACCGAUCCACUAAUUAUUUAGAAUUAGAACUAGGAGAUAUGAAAGUUAAUGCUGUGUAUCGUAUAAUAGCUAUCGACCAUGAUUUAGUCAGCUAUACUGAUGUUCAACUACCUUUACCCGAAAUUCCUCUAAAAAGCCCCCCUCCUCCCGCGGAAGGUUUCUCAGUUUUACCUGAAAAAUUACCCUAUCCACCGGUCAUCUUGAUUACCAAUCCUAAAGGUUCCGCAUACACUAUGAAAUACCGCGAGCCUGUGCACAGAAUAAAAGAUAGCACACAUAUAAGAUU